CUUGUCUGUAGCUUACACACGAGGUAAACAUGAUGAGACUUGAUUCUAUAUAUACCUUUCAUACUGUCUUUGUGCAACAUCGCUACCUGCUCAACGACUGAUGCCUCCAUUGACAAAGGAUAGCGAUCAAUUGGGAACGACUGUCGCUCUUGGACAUUCAGUCCAAACAACAACCGGUAGCACAACAGACCACGUGGGAACCAACUUGAUGCAAGUUUAUUUUGGUGUUCGAGAUCGACCUUUCCCUCGGAAUCAGCAUAGCAGCUCGGGACUUUUAUACCCCUCCGUUGAGACAUAAGGGCAUCCUUCAAAAUGGGCCUCGGGCACCGGCUGGCAGCAUUGCCAACCCGGCUUGGGCUCACCUGGCACAACCUGCUGACCAUGAUCAAGUCGGCCUUACCUGCUACCAUAUGCAUGGCAGCUUUUCAAUCAACGACAUGGGCUGAACACUUUGGACCGCUCAACUAUCUCGUCGCUAUUGAAGCUCUAUUAGGAUUUUGUAUCUUACCGCGAGCUCGAUUCAUUCAGGUAAUGGUGUUAGAUGUGUUCAUGGUAUGUCUUGCCACGGCCGUCAACCUUCUAGCGCUCUGGACUUCCGUACAAGCACGCAAGCAUACAACGUCGCCUGGAGACAACAACGAGUACAAUUCGUCCGCUUCGGCCGUAUGCGCUAUCUGGUUCACUCUACAGAUUUAUUUCACCAAUGCGCUGCGAUCUUCGCGGCCUCAGUUUCAAUUUCCUUGUAUUAACUAUACUAUCUUCGCCCUCAUUGCACUUGCACAAGCUGGGCCGGGCUUCCGGACCAUGGACGAGGCCAGAAGUUUCAUGUCCCUGCUACUUCAGUCAUUUCUGGUCGGCUUCGGUGUCGCCACGGCUGUAUCACUUCUCAUACUCCCGCACAGCAAUCGCGACAUUGCAUUCGGGGCAAUGCGCAAAUACAUCUCAAGCAUUGAAGAGGUCGUUUCCGUCUACACGGAAUCAAUCAAUAAUGCCCACUCGAAAGGCUUCUCUGGAGACACGCAAACGCUUCACAAAUUCAAGGCGAAGCACAUGGCCAUGAAAGGAAAUUAUGUGAAACUCGGCGCAGAUUUAGAAUUCGCCGUUAGGGAUGUGGGUUUCGGACGUCUCAACGGCAAAGAUCUCAAGAACAUAUUCGAGCAUCUCCGUACGAUACACAUCCCUCUGCUCGGCUUGCAGGAUCUGCCUGACACCCUCUGUACGGAUGAUGAUCUGCCAGCAUGCUUAUGCAAAGACGGCACGGCCUUUUCUCUCCCGCUCGAGCAGCAGUGGGGAGACUUUGCGCAAGCUUCUGCAAAUUUGGCUGCCGACAUGAUAGAGGCGCUGAAAUUCAUAGUGGCGGUACUACUUGAUAACGCACGGAGCAAGGAGCAUGUAGACCCAGAGAAUGGCGAUGCUCUGCUCAGCAACAUUUCCUGCCAUGAAGCACGGCUCAGCCAAUCAGCAGCGGCCCUGGUACAGUGUGCAGUGCUCAACACUCCCACAGAUGCACUUCAUACGGACGAAAAGCACGAACACUGCCACUCACGCCGCCACAAAUCCCAAAAAGCAAUCUCAGUACAACAAUCAACUCAAUUUAUGCUCUAUCACUCGACCAGAGCCACCGCAUCAAUGCUCACGUACAUCCAAGAAAAAGCUGCUACCGGAUCUUUGAACAAGAAGCGCCUGAUCCUCCCUACUACCACAGUGCUCAUCCAGUGGGCACGCGAUAUUCUCGCUCCGGCUGAUUCUUCCACAACGGAGCAUAUACUCGACUCGUCCCUCCCUCGCCAACGCCAAGAUACCCUCAACGCCGCCCUCUAUGGCCAAGACCCGCAACAUCUACCAGCUCAAACCUUCCUCGAACAUAUCGGCGAACUUUUCCGGAAAAUCCCAGCACUCCUCCGCACAUCCCACUCCUAUUUUGGAUUUCGUGCUGCUUGCGCAACAAUGUCCCUGGCAAUCAUAUCUUACUUGCAUCAAUCCCACGUGUUCUUCGUAAAAGAGCGAGUCCUCUGGGCCAUAGUAAUGACAUCCAUCGCCAUGAAUGCCACAACUGGACACACAGCACACAAUUUCUUCUUACGGGUUUUAGCAUCUGUAGCGGGUACUAUCGGAAGUUACGUCUGCUGGUACAUCGUCGACGAACGCCCCGCCGGAGUGAUUGUGUUCAUGUUCAUAUACAUGGCUGGGAGUUUCUACUGGUGUGUCGUCAAGCCAAAGUAUGCGCUCCUCGCGAUUGUCAGCGCGGUAACGCCACUCAUAAGCGUCGGGUAUGCGUUGAACGUGCAGAAGCUUGGAGUUCAGACUCUUGAGAAAGAAGCAACGCCUGGAUAUCCAAUGUACAAAAUUGCAGCAUUCCGGUUUGUGAAUGUGCUUGCUGGACUGGCUGUUGCGGCAUUUUGGACAGUGUUUCCCUAUCCUAUAACAGAUGCAUCUGUGAUGCGGUCGCAGAUCGGUGGCUGCGCAUAUCUAAUGGCACGAUAUAAUGCGAUUGUCUCCGAGACCCUGCUCACCAAGGACCGGAUUCUGUUACAGGGAGAGCUGGCAGAGAAACUGUCCAGGGCAAGAAUUAAUGUGUUGCAACAGGCACAAGCACACAUUGUCAAAUUAAAAGCGUCCCCGGCUCUGGCGAAGAUGAACAUCACAGUUGGCGGACGAUUCCCCGUUGAAGCUUACCGCGAAGCCAUACGCCUUCUCGAUCAGAUCCUUACACAAAUGGCCGUAGUCGGGUAUGCUUCAAGCACACUUGUCUCCGACGCUGAAACAGGAAGUGGUAGUAGUGAUGCCACUUUGACCAAGAGCACCAUCUCUUCCUUCGAUUACCUUCUCCAACCGGCGCGAACACUCACAUCGGCGCUGUGCCUCCUUUCCGCAUCAAUAAUUAACGGACUUCCACUCGCACCCUACGCACCUCUGGCCGAACCAUUCGAUGAUCACAUCCCUGCUACGCCCACACUCGUCGAGGGCUCGCCUCCCAAAGCAGUAGUUGACACAAAAGCUCUUCCAGUCAUUCAUGUCGCGGUCGUCAAAACCUACAAAGACUUGCAGCUGUUAAGGAAGGCGAUUGCUGCAAUUUGUGGGGAGCUCGACUUUUCAUUGCGUGGGUUGAGUGAGGAAUCAGGAGGAGAAGUAGAUUACAAUUUGGCAGAGGAAAUGACAAAUGAAGAGUAAUGAGAUCUGUGGAAUUUUCAGGCGGAGGUCAUUUUGGGUAUCAUUUUAGAAAGGUAAUGGAGUUUAUAAAAGAAGUUUUGUUAUUUUUAAAAGACCUAAUAUAGAAC